AUGUUGGUGGCUCCCGUGGUCCCUGCAGCGCAGUCGUCUCCCGGCCAUGGGAAUCUACAAGCCGCCAUUGGAGCCUACUAUGAUUUUGAGAGCCCAAAUAUCAAUGUACCCUCCAUGUCCUUUGUGGAAGAUGUCACCAUAGGAGAAGGAGAGUCCAUCCCUCCCGACACCCAGUUUACAAAAACAUGGAGGAUACAAAACACAGGGACGGAGGCCUGGCCCCCAGGGGUUUGCCUGAAGUAUGUUGGGGGAGACCAGUUUGGCCACGUCAACAUGGUGAUGGUCAGGUCCCUGGAGCCCCAGGAGAUGGCGGAUGUCAGCGUGCAGAUGUGCAGCCCCAGCACGGCAGGGAUGUAUCAGGGACAGUGGCGCAUGUGCACGGCCACCGGACUCUAUUAUGGAGAUGUCAUCUGGGUGAUCCUCAGCGUGGAGGUUGGAGGACUUCUAGGAGUAACACAGCAGCUCUCAUCCUUUGAGACAGAGUUCAACACACAACCGCACCGCAAGGUAGAAGGAAACUUUAACCCAUUCGCCUCUCCACAGAAGAACAGGCAACCAGAUGAAAACAACCUAAAAGACCCUGGGGGUUCCGAGCUAGGCACAAUCAGCAAAAACACGUGGGGGCCAGCUCCAGACCAAAUUGAACAAGAUCAGAAUGGACUGUCACAAAACUCUGUAAAUCUCUCCCCCAGCAGUCACUCGAACAACUUGUCGGUAGUGACGUACAGUAAGGGUUUCCACGGUCCUUAUCCCUUCGGACAGUCUUAAAACACACACAAAAAAACGGGUAUCGGCAAGAGGAGAAUUUAACAAGGAACUGACUAAUGGGGAAGGGAGGGGGAUUCACGUGCAAACAGACACAACGUGGAGCCCCCUUCUCUGCCUCCGUGUCCUGCGUAAAGAAGAAAACAAAAAACCCAAUAACUUAAGACUAGCUGUUUCCAGAGGAAAAUGCAAAAUCUGAGUAUGCAUGUGUGAAUGCUGAGUUUCAGGAGUGUUGUUUAAUGCUAUGAGAAAGAAAAAUAUACCAACACCUUUUUUUUUUUUUUUAGAAGUCAUUCUCACAUAAUUAGGUAGCUUAAAGUUUUAAAAAUUAAAAUGAAAAAGCCAUCUUUGAGAAAAAAAAAAUAUUUUGCUUACAGAGCGGUUGUAGUUUGAGCAAAUGUUUAAUUUUUGUUUGUUUCCUGUUCGUAUUUUUUUAAUAAGGGACAGCGUGCAUUUUUAUGGAACUGUCAUGUUUUGCUUGCUGCCGAAUGGGAGUUUAGCCUCUUCUGGGGUUUGUGCAGUGACUUUUGUUGGACGUUUUUAAUGAGUGGGUCUUCGCCCAGCUCCUCGUUUUAAUGGCACCUGCUGGUUUUAGUUACGACUUUGUCAUCUUCUGUUAACUCUUCUGUUGUUUUUUCCUUUUGGUUUGGGUGUUGCUGGUGAUUGUCCUGCUUGUCACUGGAAACGGUGCUGAAACAAGGUCUCGGUGUCACAGGUAGAGAACUCUGGGCCUGGCUUAAGGUUACAUGGGGAGCUCAUUUCUCUUCCCGUGUACGUGAAGUACUCGUAAAUAGGCACCCGUGUUAACAAGAAAGAUUUAUUAAAGUUCCCGAGCUGUCCUAUGUGGUUAGCAUUUUAAAAUACCUUUUUUGUUAACCCUGUACAGUAGCUGUGCCUGGAACAACCAAGCAAGCGUGUCAGUCUCGUGCCAAGAGGAAACUCUCUGCGGGCGUAAUUCACUCGACAGUAGUUGCAAAGCUUCACCUGAGUCCUGUCCCUUUAGUUUCGAAUCUUCCGCCCCUGUCUCUCUUGCACGGAAUAAGUUUCAAUUCCUUUCUCCCGUGCUAAAGUAUUAGCGUAGCGAGCGGAGGCUGAUUCAUUGCGGUUUUGAAUGUAGAGCAAGCGCUAGCAUCAUCGGCUGCAUUCUGCAUCGCCUUGUGUUCAUUUGCCUUGAUCUUCAGCGCGUCGCUCUUGUGAGGCUCCCCCCGUGCGCGUGGGCUCCGCGGGGCCGCUUCGCUGCCCCGCUCCUCCUGCAGCAAGGUGAGGGGCCCGGGCCCCCCCGCAUACUUGAACAAGGCCGGAGCAGCCGUCUGCCAAAGAUAAAGUCGUAUGCAAAGCCCCCCGGAGCCACCACCUUUCAGACCUUUCCAGCACGGUCUCCUUCCCAGGAGCAGCGCCUGCUUGCGUGGCUUUGGGCUGGUUACUCCUCAUGGAUUGUUUUUUCUUGGAUGGUUUUGAAGAGGGAAUUCAUUUGUGGCUCAGCUGCUGAGGACUCUUAUCUUCUUAGUGCACACGGAGGGAUCUUUUAAGAGGCCAGAUCCGUUAUAUCUAGCAGAGGGAGAAGCUGGACCUUGGGGAAAACGCUAAGAUGCUGCAGCUGCAGGCAGGGUAACUCCUUGCUCUUAAUUCCAUGGAAAAAGCUGAUAGAUCCUGUUUGUAUUUCAGAGGUUUGGUUGCUGAAGGGCACCGUGUUAUCUGAAGUCUCCCUUCAGGUUUUUUUGCAGGGGGAAGCAGGUUGAAUGUAAGAAGUUAUCUCCAGGAAAGAAAUUUGGCCUGCUCAGCACCCGUGGCUUGGCAGGCCUGGCACUUUGCUGGAGCUGGUGCAGAUGCAGAGCGAACUGCUCUGAAAUGCAAACGUGGAAGGUGGAGCUGCACGUGCUAGUGCAGCUGCGGUGCUUGGUUCUUGUCCUGCAAAGGUCUUUUUGUCCCAGAAAAGCGGUCUCCUCUCAGUAGCUGUAUCCAGGGAAUGGUUUGCAUCAUCAUAGUCUAGCACGGGCAAGUGGAUUCCUUCUGUGCUCCCUCCGUGAGCAGCAGGCUGCAGUGAGUAGCUCUGAAGGCAGGAAAACCCCGCCUGGAGCGCUGCCGCUUCCCUGCCGGAGGCGCUCGCUGCGCUGGAGUCUGGUGUUUGUCCACACAACAAGGGGAUUCCUCAUCUUUGUCAGCUCCUUUCGGCAGCCAGGAAGGAGAGAAAGUGGGAAGAGAAAGCCUGGGGCGCACAUCGCUGGUGCAGCAGCCCUGGCAUCGCAUCAGCAGAGCGAUCGCAGACCCUCGGGCACCUCCGUUGCAGCUUCCUUCUGCUCCCAGCCCGCGUGCUGCUCCCUGGGGAACGGCUGCGCCUGGUUCCUGCGCUCCCGCUCCAGCUGCGCCUGGUUCCCGUGCUCCUGCCUGGCGGGCCGGCUCUCCUGCAAGGUCUGAAGUGGCUCCCGAGCGUCCGCAGCCCGUGAUGUCCUCGUGACGAGCGUCGCUCACGCCAAGGGGUGAAGGCCGGCGGGGCGCCUGCAGUCUCGUGCUGCUCACAUUGUGUUCCCUGUGUCCGCACGUGGCCCGUGAGGUUGAGGCUCUGGGUUGUAAGUCCUGCUGUGAGGCUGAGAGAAGAUUUAAAUGGGCGGCUGCCCUCCCUCUCUGGGUUUUUCCUCUGGUCAGAGCUGUUUCACAGAGGCCAAAGGU